UCAGUAUGACUUUUACUAGUCAUUUUCCUUCUUUAGUCUUCACAUUUCGUCACAACAUCUCCUAGGAUGCAUUCCAUUUCCACAGCUUUAGCCUUUUCAACGACUCGGCAGAAGAAACAGACGUAAUCUCCAUUAAUGGACAAGGAAAAGCUUCGAAUUCUCUCCCUUACUCUUCUCUUCUUUCUCCAAUUCACAUACGUUCAUCUUCCUUCACUGGCUUUUACUCCUUCUGACAAUUACCUCAUCGACUGCGGAUCCAACGCCAACACCACCAUCGACAACAGAGUCUUCGUCGGCGACUCAACCCACCACGAUUCGAUCUUCCUCUCGGCAGGUCGAACGGUUGCUCUCACAGACCCAAACCCAUCUCCUGGAUCAUCAUCCUUGUACCAAACAGCUAGAGUUUUCUCAAGUAUCUCCAGCUAUGAGUUCGAAAUCAAGAAGAAUGGCACCCACCUCGUACGUCUCCAUUUCUUCCCCUUCUCUUCUCAGGGUUACGAUCUUAGGUCAGCUCUUUUCCAUGUCUCGAUUCCUGGGUCCCCCUUUUCGAUUGAUUUUAGCUUCCGAGACAGCAAUCAUACUUCUUCACCUAUCCUCAAGGAGUACAUUUUAAUGGUGGACAAGGAAAAGCUCGAAAUCUCGUUUGCUCCGGUGGACGAAUGGGGCUUCGCGUUCGUUAACGCAAUUGAGGUCUUCUCUGCUCCUCCUGAUUUUAUCCUUGAUGUGGGAGCCCGGUUUGUUGGUGAAGCUGGAAUCGAGGAUUACAGAGGGUUGCCCUUGCGGAUCUUGGAGACUGUUCACAGAAUCAAUGUCGGUGGUCUCAAAAUCACGCCUUUGAAAGACACUCUAUGGAGGACUUGGCUCCCUGACGAGGAAUUUCUGGUCUUGAAGUCCGCCGCGAAGGCUGUUUCUCGUAGUCGCCCCCCGAACUACCAGAGUGGAGGAGCUAGCAGAGAAAUCGCUCCCGAUAAUGUUUACAUGACCGCCCAAGAGAUGAAUAAGAGCAUGUCUCCUAGUAUGGUGAAGUUCAACAUAACAUGGGAUUUCCCUCUGAGCUCCGGCGGAGGAAGGUACCUGGUUCGAAUGCAUUUCUGCGAUAUCGUUAGUGUUGCUCUUAAUCUGCUCUACUUCGAUGUAUACAUUAACGACUACUCGGCUUACACAGAUCUCGACCUUUCUGUUCUUACAACUCACAUGCUUGCGGCCCCUUUCUACAUCGAUUUUGUAACAGAUGCAGGAAAUUCAAACGGCGUUAUGCGGAUAAGUGUUGGCCCUUCUGAUCUCAGUACUCCUUCACAAAUAAACGCUAUUCUGAACGGGGUAGAGAUCUUGAAGAUGAUCGAUGGUGGGGGUUCAAUUUCUCAUAGAGGAUCAAAGAACAAACAUGUCGCAAUUCUGGUGGGUUCAGUGCUUGGAGGCUUUGCUCUUGUAUGUGGUUGCAUCUUGAUGCUCGCUGUUCUGAGACUUAAGCGCAGGAAGAGGAAGAGGAAGAGAAGUGUCUCCUGGUCACCCAUGAGUAGAGAUGGAGUGAGUUCCCACCGAAGGGUCUCUGAAGGAACAAACAGUGUAUCCCGUUCCUGUGGCCUCAGUAUGAACCAUGUCUUGAAGAUUUCUUUUGCAGAGAUACAGUUUGCCACCAACGAUUUCGACAAGAAUCUGAUCAUCGGUUCUGGUGGAUUUGGUUUGGUCUACAAAGGGGUGCUUAAAGACAACACAAAAGUUGCAGUGAAGCGUGGUGUGCCGGGUUCCAGGCAAGGACUCCCUGAAUUCCAUACAGAGAUCACUGUCUUGUCGAAGAUUCGCCAUCUACACCUUGUCUCCCUUGUUGGGUACUGCGAAGAACAGUCUGAGAUGAUACUGGUAUACGAGUAUAUGGAGAGAGGGCCAUUGAAAAAACACUUGUAUGGUUCAGGGUUGCCACCAUUGUCAUGGAAGCAGAGACUUGAGAUAUGCAUUGGUUCUGCCAGAGGGCUUCACUAUCUUCACACUGGUUCAGCACAGGGAAUUAUCCAUCGAGAUGUGAAAUCCACCAAUAUCUUGCUUGAUGAGAAUUAUGUGGCCAAAGUUGCAGAUUUUGGGCUUUCAAAAUCUGGCCCUUGUCUCGACCAGACUCAUGUAAGCACUGGUGUUAAAGGCAGUUUCGGGUAUCUGGAUCCUGAGUAUUUCAGGCGGCAACAGCUCACAGACAAAUCAGAUGUUUAUUCAUUUGGUGUUGUUCUUCUGGAAGUGCUCUGUGCCAAACCUGCCAUUGAUCCUUUGCUUUCAAGGGAGCAAGUGAACUUAGCUGAAUGGGGAAUGCAAUGGCAGAAGAAAGGGCUACUUGAGCAGAUCAUCGAUCCACAUCUCGUCAGUAAAAUCAAUCCCAAAUCUCUCAAGAAAUUUGGAGAGACGGCUGCAAAAUGCUUGGCUGAUUAUGGUGUUGAUAGGCCUACAAUGGGUGAUGUGCUGUGGAACUUGGAACAUGCACUACAGCUUCAACAGACUGCAGUGAACACAGAGCCUCAUGGCGAUAGCAUGGAUAGUAGAUCUGAGCUUCCAUUGCCUACUGUUGUUCCACAUUGUGCACCGUCUAGUAGCACAAGGGUUGAAGAAAACAGUGGUGGGAGUUCUGAACUAACUACAACUCAAGUAUUUUCACAGUUGUUGACCAAUGAAGGUAGAUAGAAGCUUCAGGGUUUAUGGUAUUUGAUACAGAUAGAUGAUCAGCCACGGUUUAUGUUUAUAUAGACUCAGAUCACUAUGAACAUUCCCACAAUACAUGAACAUAAUCCAUUUGUAGAUAAAGGACUUCCUCUUCCUAGUCUUGGGAGUUCUCAGGGACAGGUAGGUAUGCAAGCCAUGUUUUUGGAGUUGCUCCUUCACCUAUUCUCAUCAAUCUAUAAUGGGUACUGAAAGUAAUCCCAUGUUUAUUUACUUAAUUCUCCAUUUAGUUCUGUACUAUACAAGCUUUAAGAUAUAUUUUUUGCUUCC